CUAAGCGCUGUGUAGGAUGCCUUGGUAUUAGGAUACCUGUAUGUGAAGAGCCCAGAUAACUGUGGUGUGUGUCCGAUAUAUUUUGCCAGGUGACAUGUUUACUAGAUAAGAAGAUUAGCCUGUUCAUUAUACACUCUUAUCAUAUACGCCGACAGUGAUAGUAUACGUAAGACCCGGAUGCUCAGUGUACAAUUGUUAUCCAAGUGACGUUUUGUGGAUUUUCGGGAAGUGUUCCUGAUCCUAGUGACCAGAGAGUGCCCAUCACUGAGUAUAAGGGGUACGUAAUGGUUGUAUUUCGUCUCUGAGGUAAGCUGAGGUGACCAUUGACCAGAAAGUGACCAGUGGUGGUCAUUAUUAUUGCUCAGUGGUUUAUCUGCAGUAAGGAUAACAAAUUGAGCGAACUGUGACUUUAACAAUACCCAAGAGUGACCCUGGAGUGGACAACGGUGAGCCAGACAGUGAUUUUUUGGGAACAAGGUGAUCAGGCAGCGACCGAUGACCAGAGUACAAUCCUACAAUCACUAUGAACGAAACACGAGCAAUGCUGAUAACGGUUUUUGCCAUAGCGUUUGUAACGAUCAUCCCCAUCAUCCUGCUCGUCCGAGUCGUGACAUUUACCAAUGCUGUUGAAGAAAUCAAUCGACUUCGAAAUGAGAACAGCGCAAAUGGUACCGGAACCGGAAAUACGUCGCUCGCCUACUAUGACGAAGAAAGGUCCCAAGGAGCAGAAUUCUCAAAGGGAGACAUUAUUUUCAUCGCUGUUGUUAUAGGAGCAUGUGUCGUCGCCAUCAUCAUCACCAUUGUCUGUCAUCUGGCGUGCCGGAGACGUAGCAAUAAGGGGAAUCAAGCCAGUCUGCUUGGCAUCUGCUGUUGUUACGAUAACAAUGUGAAUAGUCGAUUUAAGGUCGUCAGCCAAAAGAUGGGUUCUGAUUGCGCAAUCUGUUUAGAAGAGAAAAAUAUGAUGAUUAAGCCAGUCGUCGAAAUAACAUGUAAACACACGUACCACCAGGCUUGUAUCAGUAAAUGCCUCGAGAUGGACAAGAGAGCGAAGUGUCCACAAUGUCGACGACAUCCGGGACAAUUCUCAACAACAGAGAGAUUUGUCGCUAUUAUCCAGACGCUCCUGAGAAAAAGGAAGGAGAGAACACUCGAGGCAACGGCAGCCAAAUGUCGAUCACCUGAAGAAGAAGAAAAGAUGUCGCCGGAGUUCACAGAUUUUCCAGAGUGUAGCGGUUACACCCCUCCCGCGAUUCCUCCCGAAGCAGUAGUUUGAGGACCUAAACUUGACGUAACUGGUGCUUAAGAACGUUUUACAGCGUUGAUUCUUUGGUGCAGACUUAAAACUGGGACGUUUUGCUGCCCUUCAUUGCCAUAGCGAGGGUUGAUUAUCAUGGCAACUACAUUACAUUUCCUUUACAUAAAAAUAUAAAAGGUUAUGAGCUCUGGGAACUGCCAUUACAUGUACUCAACGUCACAGGGGUUAUGGAAGAGCUCUAGAGAUCUGAAAUGUUUGAUAGUGGACUUGCAAUAUGUAAUACAAUGUACACAAACCACACAUGUAGCUAUAGCGACAUCAUGUGUUGGUAACAGGAAGGUUAUCGCCAUUUCCAUCCAAUCAAGUCAUCUCGACAAUGGUUAUGCUAUUUGAUAGUACUAUUAAAUUAUGCAUAUUCACUGUGUAAUGAUGUUUCCUUAUUUAAGGUAAAACUACUCAAUAGGGCAUCUGUCGUAUCGUCUAGGUUGAAGAUUGUGUAACCCUCCCAACUUGGUUCAAUUGUAAGCCUAUUUUGAUUGUCAUAAUUCCUCAAAAAAUUAUUUAUAACUACCUUCCUUUAUAAACUUCUCAUGUUGAAACGCACACUUUUCUUUCCUCAAUGUCUAUUUUAAUAUAUUAACACACAACUGAAGUGUAGGUUGAAACUGGUUCUUUCUCCUUAAACUUUACGAUGAAACAUCAGAUGGUUCUUAUACUCAAAUGUGAUAUUAUAAGGUAUUCUUUGUUUGUCUUAUUUUAGAAAAAGGUUUUCCAAACAAUUUUAUUUUUACGCAAAUCAGUAUGGUUGAAUGAAAAUAAGAAUUGUCUUGUAUUAUCUCUAAAAGUUUUCAAAUGGGACAAAUUUGUACAAUAUGUUCAGGUUUAUAUACCUUUUCUGUACAAGACAAUGGAUUGUGCAAUAUAUGUGCGUAAAGUGGACAGGGCAAUUAGAUGAAUUAAAAGUGCAAAUUUGUAUAUACAUUAUGUUGUGCACACUAUUAUUGCGGAAUACAUAUUUUCAUUAAUAGUUUGACGGAAAAUUUGGUCGCGAAAACAAGUCGCGAAAAUAUAUUAAUGCAUAUUGAAAUGAAACUUAGACAGAAUUGUUAGUGCGCCAGUAAAACUGGUAAUAUGAAGAUAUUCUGCCUUGCAACAUAAACGAAACGUUAACAUUAUUCAAAUGGAAACCAACGGGCACCAUUUUGUUUAUAGCAUAUUUAUUUUUAAUAUUCAAAAGAAAAAUAAUCUGUAAUAAACAGGGGAAGUGCUUUACAUUGCGGGUUGACAUAGUUAAUGACGUUUUAACAAUCAUGUUCAUUACCGAACACACGCAUUUGAAGCUUUGUUUAUUCGAUUCUUGUUCUUUAUUUACUGGUUUAAAUCCUUGAAACUUUCAUUAGUGAAAAAUAAAUUUCUUAAUUUCAUGAAUAAUUUUUGAUAGUUCACUAAAACAUGUAAUAAAUAAAUUUAUUUAUGCGAAUCUAUGUCGCUGCUAAAACUUUUUUCAAGAAAAAUCGUAAAAAUAUAUUUUCAUCGAAAAUGUGAUUUAUAGUUGUUAAUUUGAAUGGAAGAUGUGUGUCGUACGAAUGUGUAUAAAUGUGUAUAAAUGUGUAUGAAUGUUGAAAUAUAGACAAAUUCUUAUAUAUUCCAAAACACUUGUGCGUAGUUUUGGUUUUAUAAACAUCAUCAGUAAGGAAAAAGGAUACUCUUCUAUUGAAAAUAAAAUCAAGAAAAUCAAUGUUUUUGGUAUUUUCUCUCAUAUAAACAUUUGAAAACCUUUCAGGAUAGAAAGUCAGUUGUGAACGAAACCGGGUAACGUUUUUGUUCUACGGGUAUAUUUAAAAUGCCAGAAAGAUUAAUUUUGUUUCCCUGAAAUUAAAUUAGGAUGAUGAUAUAACCAAGACUCCACUUCCCCAUCCGUCUUUCUAUGUAAACCACAGCUUGAGAGGUGUGAAUGUUGGCAUUGUAUAUGUACAAGAGGCAUCUUAAGAAUGAUGUGAACAUACGUUCAUGUGGCCUUUAACUGUAGUCUAUGAAAAAAAGCAUUUAUUUAUAUUUAUAAAAGAAAGUUGUCGUCACUCUUUCAGUUUUAUCAUUUACUCCAACAUUCUGUUAAAUCAUCUUGUUAAUCUCGCUUAGACAUCGUUUUAGUGUUGCGCACGCUAGGAUAUUCUUAAAUUGAUCAUUUGUUGUAUAAAAUGUACAUUUGAUAUUUUCGAAACUUAGUGAUGUUGAAAAAUGUAUUGAUUUAAUUAAAAACAGGAGAUUUGUGCUCCAAUAGUUAUAUCUGUCUACGCUUGAACAAAUAUUUAACAUCAUUUGAUAUCCAUGAAAUUCAUUUCAUGAAUGUGAAAUUGUCUCUUCAAAAAGGUACAUAUUUCGUGUCACCCCCGUUUUUUAAAAAUUCAUUUUAGACACCGAAUAUUUUUGUUCCUUCUUUUUUCUUUGUUCAAUUUUCUACAUAAAUACUUUUCACCUGCUGUAUACAAUGUGAUCAAAUGGUAAUUGGUAUAACGACAAGGUAUCGUUUGUAGAUAAGACAGUAUAGUAUUGGUAUGUUUGCAUGUUGUUUGAAUAACUCCCAAUGAACAUACAAGAUUUGUUGUUCCUUUCAACGAAUAUGUGCUUUUUUUCGAGAUUGUGUUUAUUAUUGAUAAAUUUUCCUGGCUGCCGCCAACAGAUGUAUAUAUAUUUCAAAUCAUAUCAUCUCUCAAUGACUUCAAUUAUUUUCAUUUUUUGUCGUUUCAUACUUUUGUACAAUGUUAUGAUUGUGAUAAUGCUUAUUUUCAAGCAAAUAAUUAUGUUUCGUUUUAUAUUAUUAUUGUAUGUUCACAGAAAAGUAUCAAAAUAAAAUAACAAUUUCAAA